AUGACGGUUAUACUUUUCAAUGCACGUGAUAAUGAACUGAAGUUCUUCAUUCCUGAAAAACAAACAGCUGAAGCGGAGAUGGCAUCAUUGAACCAGGAAAGAAAAAUUGAAGAGCUUGAAGCACAAUUGAAUGAGGCUGAGGAUGUCAUAACAGAUCUUAGGGCUGAGUUGAAACAUGUAUAUUUUAAGUUAGAAAAGACAAGGAAUGGUCAGGUCCAGUCGUUGGAUGGACAGAAUGUAAAGCAAGUUGCAUCUUUUCAGGAGAGUGCAAAACCUGAGACUUCACUAUCCUCUCCUAAUAAAGAACUUGAAUGUGUAGCAAGAUGUGAUGUGAAGGAAAAAUCCCUGACUCUGAAUGUUUUAGAUGAUACGUACUGUAAUUCAAAAGAACAAAGUGAGCAAUUGUGCAUCUCUAAUUUGGAGGAUUAUUAUGCUUAUGCCUCUGACUUUGCUUCCAUCAUCAUGAGAAGCAAGGACCCUGAACUGUGUAAAAAUGGAUUUACUCACAGAAUCUGUGCACUCGAAGAAAACUUGCUGGAGGAAAAGCUGCUCACUCGGGAUGUGCACAAUCAACAUUUUGGUAAAAGGCAUGGGCUCAUUGUCAAGGACAGUCUUGUUUUCUAUCUUCUUGUAAACUACAAAUAA